CAGGCCGGCCGGCACUUUGUAUACCGCCGUUGCGUCGUGCGGACGCGUUGUUCGUCUUUCUUUCGUUCGUUUCUCUUUCAUAAGAAUUCUCUAACAAUAUGCCAGUUUUAAUCGAAACUUUAUUUAAAAAUUCGUAUCUGACAUCGCGCAUUCUCGUUGUCGUUGAAAAAAGAAUGAUCGUUUAAAAGAAACUCGCGUAACCGUCAAAGUUGUAUCGAUCAUCGAAGAAAAUGCGACUGGGAGUAAGGAGAUUCGAAUGAUAAUUGGAAAGUGAAGAGAAAAACAGUGUUAUAUAUUUUCUAAUAAUAAAAGUGUACAGUGUGUUGAAAAUAAUCGCCACGUUAAGCCUCGAAAAUUUUUAGAAAAUGAAGUUCCUACAAUCAUUGAAGGGAGUUUCGUCUUUUAAUACCGCCAGAAAUCCCUUGUUCGACUGGAUAACUGGCGGGAAUGAUGGUCCGAUAAGCGUCGCAAAUUUGUGACGGUAGACGGGUGUCUCGCGUUCAAGACGGCGCGGCGCAGUGUUUUCACUUUUCGGUUCAAGUGUUAUGUGUGAAUGUGUAUUGGUUGAUUUCAUUUGAGAAAUCAUGCCGUUCGUGCUGCGAAGAGUGGAACCGCGUUUUUUGUCUCGCGGACACGUGCCGGCGGGAUCGACGUCACAGGGUUGGCCGGUGGGCGCCGAAUUGGAGGCGGUGGCGAAUGGCGCGUUGACUACCUCGUUGAAGCAACUCGCGUCACUUCUCACCACCGCCGAGGACAUCUUCGCCGAACUAACCGCCGAGUUGACCGCCGUUGCCGAUAGGAGCAGCAAAUUGCGCCAAAAGCUGGACAAGGUCGAAGAACGUCUCGCCAUCGUCGACCCGAAGAAAGUACCAGUCCCGGAAUCGGAUAUUUGCACGUUCGCGACAAGAACGGAGCAUUUUCACAUCGUUAACAAACCAUCGACGGCGCUGUUCACAUCGAACACCAGGCCAAAACCAUUGCGGGAAUUAUACGAGGCUGCUGGUAUAGUCGCUGUCAGAAGUUUGGAUAGCCUGAGAAGGGAUGGAAGCUCUAUGGAUAUGUUCCUCUGCACGCCCGUCCUUGGAAAGAGAAGGCGAGACCAAAGUCUCGACAUCGAAUCCAGGAUCCCAGCUGCUAUCGAGGAUUUACGAAGAUGGACAUCUACGGAAGCGCUCGGAGACGUUACUGUACCACCGGAUUGCAUGUCCAGGAUCCUUGGAGAUACAACGACCGACGAUGCCGUUGAUCACAAGCUCCCUAGCCCCGAAGAACAGGUUCAAGCAAUCGCUCUGAAAUUCCCAGCGGAAAUUGUGGCAGUAGACAUCAGCGGAAGAGGAUUCGAAAGAAUGUCGAUGAAAAGAAGAUCUCUGCUGUCUAGUCAAGAAAAUCAAGAGACAGCGGUGAAACGACGAUCGAGGCCUCGCAGGCCCAGAGGAAAAAGACGAAAUACGAUCGCUGGUACCGAUCAGAAGGAAAUUCGACAGGCUAUCGGAGAAGAAACGACUGGAGAAGAAGCGGAAGAGAUAAUGUCAAAUAUAGCGUCGAGGGCUCAUCGAUCAGCGAGUACGGAUAUAUUGGGUUCGUCGAAGAAAGACUCGCCGACGGAAAAAAAAUCUCACUUCAAUACGUUGAAAGCGUGGGGUAUGUCCAGAUUGAAACUAAUCAGUCCGAAAUCCAGUCAACAGUCGGAGCAACAGGAGACAAGCGCUUCGGGUACAGAGAGGUCAGAACAGGAUCAAGGUCAGUCGAGAACAGCCGAAGAAACAAAUAUUUACGAAAUGGUAAUAACCAGGCGCAGGAAGGACAAAUCUCACGAAAGGAAGCCAAGUUCCUCGAGCUCGAGCGGAAAGAGCACCUCGAGUAUACCGGUAUCCGUCCCGAGCACCGACAGACAACCGAGCGUGAAAUUGCGUGAAAGCGCAGCCCAAAGAAGAGAAAGACGAAAGGGAAGCAAUCGUGACGAGCCGCCUCAUUCCAGCUCUGGAAACUGGAGUGCAUCCUCUGAAAGCGGAAGGGCGAGUAUCGGAAGCGAAACCACCACUACCACACAUCAACCCAGAUCGACGACAACUGCUUCAAUUGGAACAUCAUCGACAUCUUUGAGUCACGCAAGGCGGUUUAAGGGACGAGAUACAUCAACAUCAUCCUCGGUAACGUCAGAGGGUACAUUAACUCCAGAUAUUAUACAAGAUAUUACCGUGAUACCUUUCUCGGACGAUGGUGAAACAUCGUCUGUGUAUUCUUGUGAUACGGAGGGUUAUUACACCUCCUUCCACGUGGACUCUGGCUUAAAAACUUUAAGGGAAGAGGAUCCAGCUCCGCAGUGUCCAUUGAUGAAAUCUAACGAUGUCAGUUCCGAUCCUACUUCACCGGUUGUUGAAAAUGAAUACGAACUCUUUGGAAGGGGUUCAACAUCAACAACGACGAGCUCAGCGGGCACAGUCUGUACCGCUUUAAUGGCACCGCCGCCGCCAGAAAGGAAAUCUAGCCUAACUGUUGUCGCUAUGGUUCACGGGCCAAACCAGAACGGCGGCGAGUCUCCAGACAGCGGUCACAAUACCUCGUCAUCGCCUGUGGAAUCAGCUUCGAGUCCAGCAUGCACAGGAAGGUCAUGCUCGGAGUUCGAAUACUCGGAAUCGAGCGAUCUCGAAGGCUGUGAGAGGAUCGAAAGAAUCCGUUCGAAAACUGCGAUCAAUACGAGCCGCAUACCGUCCAUGUGCGUGAUUACGCCACCAGGUUCAGAUGACGAACAUGCGAGAGAUUCGGAUCAGGCAAGCAAAAAUGCCGAGGACGAAAAAAUCGAUCUGCAAACGGGAAGUUCGGUACUCAUGUCUGCCACGGUUGGGACUUCCAAGAUGGAAGUGAUUAAUGGGCAGGAUAAGAAUCUCUAUGCUACGAUUCAGGUAUUAUCUUUGCCUACAAAUGAGAAAUCCACGGUUGGACCGAAUCAGGUGGGCAAGAUCAAUCCGCUGAGCGGAGUUCUAGGCAAACUUCGAGGCGUACUUCCAGGCAGGAAACAAGUGCCAAAGAGUACGAUGCAAGACCAAGCGAACGCAGACUCCGGCGACUAUGUCACCAUAGCCGACGUGAGAAAUAAUAAUGAUAAACGUCAAGAUUCGGCUUCUUGCUCGACUAGCGCGACUCCUGUUCGGUCACCUGUUACUUAUGCGAACUCAGAUAUUUUUAAGAGAGAUGCUGAAUAUGUUAGCUUAAGCGAGUUGCCGAAGAAGCCUGAUUCGUCUUUGGAAAGAAAGAGACAAGGUGCGAGGGUUAUGUUGGAUUCGGAAGGCAAAGUCGUUUAUUCAUCCGAUAGCUUGAAGAGGAGGAAAGGCGCACAUACUACGUUUAAUCCAGGUCCAUUUGUAAGAGAAGGAGUGUCACCAAGUCCAUCACCAUUAUUGCAUCGUGCAACGCCGAACGUUCGAGCAGUGACGAAGAUGAGCGAUACGGUGGAUGGCUCAAGCAAAUCUACGCCACCUACUUCGCCCCAAUUAGGCAAGGUGAUCAUCAGAGCGGCGAAAAGUCCCGAUCGCGCGGCCAGUCCGGAUUAUGUACGAACCCCGACGACGGUGGUUGGUCCAACGAGUCCGACUCCUCAUCGACAAGUUCGCGGGGCUUACGUCAACGUGCAAGACGACGAAGACAAUACACUAUUGGCAAUAGACUCGGUGCCCUCUCAUGGGGUAGUCCAACCUCCACCUUAUAUUUCACCUCCUAAACUCGAUGAAUCUCAGAAGCAGAAAAUUCAAGAGAUCUUGAAGGCCCCUCCCACAUGCCAGAAGAUCCAAACGUGUGAAAAGCAACAGACGACUGUCAACUAUGGCCAACAAUCAGCUCAUCCUCCGAAUAUUUACGCUCAUGACCUUCGACGAAAUCUGUGCAACAGUAACGAUAAAUUUUUCGAACAAAGUAGAACAUCACAUUACAACGACUUGCAACACGACUGUGACCAACGUCAGAUCGUGUAUAUGCAAAAUGCCAGAAACCAGCAAUACUAUGCGUCUGGAAAAGACGUUAGUCGACAAUUUUACACGCUACCAUCGAGAAGACUACAGAGGGACGUCGAACCACCUCGAAGCGUCACGCCGGAUAUUACGAGGGGUCUUGGACGGAGUUCAUUGAGUACGAUGCAUGUGAUUGCCAGGCAUGGCCAGAAGGUGAUGGUAGAACAGGAUCCUAAUCGCCAUAGCUCUCAGAUGGAAUUGAGUAAAAGAACAUCAGAAAUCAUCGAAAUGGAGAACAGAUUAAUGCAAAGUCAGGAGCAACAACCGAUUGUGGAUUUCAGAAAUAGAUUCGCAACACCAUUAGGGCUAACAGCGCUUGGAUAUCGAUUCUUUGCGUCCUCGCCUGUUCGUGAUCCCGUUACGAAGUCUCCUAGUGCUGAUGCGUUAAAGUACAAUCCAAUUUCUCCGAUCGGGCACGGCUACGGUAAUAGUUUCAAGUCGUCCACGCCGACUGGACGUAGUAUGCCAACUGUUGCCGAACGUUUGGCUCAAACCGCCAAUAACUCGUUGUCGAUGUCAAACUCCGGAAGAAGCACUCCUGUUCAAAGUUCGUCUGGUCGAAGUACACCGACGAACUUGAUCCUUUCUCCGACGAAGAGCACCAUGUCCAACGAAGAACUAUUCGCUGCAAUACAUAAAUCGAAGAAAAGGCUGAAUAUUAAGGAAGAUAACGAAAAUUCCUCUCCCUACGGAUCGACCAAUUCUUUGGUAAAGGUGAUAUCUGGAAGUAGUAAUACCUGGAGUUCCGAAACACAAAAAUCUUCGGCAACACAAAACGUUCAACCAUCCUCGCCCGCCACAUCGCGACUGGACUUCAAAAGGCUGCUCCUUCAACAGAGCGUGAAGACCGGGCCCGUAAGGGUCUCGGCGGCAGAGCAGCUGAAACUAUCACGACAGCAGAACCAACAGCAGCAAUCAUCAAACGUCCAACAAACGACUUCGUUGGCCAAAGUCCUUAGUCCCCGCUCAGUCUGGAGAUUUCAAACGCCACGAACGGAUGUACUGUCGUCUACGAUAAUCGAAGACACAGCUGCUGAGGAAAAGGCCAUGAAACCAUCUCCAGAGAAUACUUCUCCCGUGUUAAGACUGAACGUUAGGCGACAAUUGGACCUCUGUGGCGAUGAAAGCAAUAAAGAUUCCAUCGCGUGUAACGACAGAUUAAAAUUCUCUAAUAUAGAAUCUUCAGAUACGAAAGCUCCUGAUAUAAUAGAAACAGAAUCUUCCAGUAAAAAUGUACAAACAACAAACGCGCAACAAGCAUUCACAAAGAAUUCCACUGUGAAUAACAAUAAUAAUCGUGAGAUCAGUGCUUCAGUUCCUUCAUUUCCAAGUACUCUACCGCCCGUUUCAAUUACUUCAGACACGCAUUCGCAAAGCAAGACUACCAAUUUCACGACGAUCUCGUAUCCUGUAAAUUGUUCGCAACUUACCCCUUCGUGUCAGCAAGCGAUAAGCGCUUUUGAGUCGAGAAGAAUUAGCAAUCAACUAGCUAGGGCCCAGUUCUUAUCUGGUACAUCGACCAAUCAGGAACAGCAUGCUUAUGCGAAGAAUAUGUUCCGCGCGAGAUCAGAGUCCCCUCAGAAUCCUACAAUGCAAAACGUCGCUCGUAGUCCUAGUGUUCCGACUCUGGAAACUGCUCUGUGAUCGCAACAUGCAUAUUACAUGUUUGUGUUAGAAAUUUGAAAUAUUUUGGAUCAGACUAUAUGCAUAAACCGUUCCUUUCUGUUAACCCUUUGCGCUUGGAAAGUAUUUUAACAUCUCUUUUUGUCAAGUCGACAAUUAAAAAUUUCAGAAUUUAUGAGAAAAAAUGUAUGAUUGCUUUAUUUACGUUUGCAUCAAUUAAGAAAUAUUAAUUAGUAUCAUUUAUUCUUCAAUAUAUUAAUGUGUGUAUACUAUUGCCCGUAAUUCACGAGAAGCUUAAUAUACAAUACUUAGGAUAGAUAUAAAUGAAUGUUGUAAUUACGAAACGAAUUUGAUAUUUAUUAACCACGUGUACUAUAAUGAAGACUAAAUUAUAUUCUUUUCUGAAGAUUUUAUUAAAUACGUAUUUUAUUAAAACUUAUGUUAAAAGUUUGUGUCUUAUGACUCACGGAAGGAAGUGUACAUUUAUAUUUUAUAGUGUCUUAAAAGUAAUAUUUUCUCAAAUUGCCCAAAUAAUUACGCGAAAUAAUAAUUAUGGAAUGAAAUUCACUCUAAAAUAGAUAAAUUGCCUUCUACAAUGAAAUUUUCUUCGAAACUUUUAUUAAAAAAAAUCAAGAUAAUUAUUGAUUGUCUAGAUUCUUAUCGUUAUUUGCAGAUUUGAUUUCUUGUUAAAUAUAGUGCUUGCAAAAUUUACAUAAGGAAGAACAUAUUUUUCGGAAGGAAGAACAUAUUUUUAAAUAUAAAAUUCAUGAUUAAUAAUUUUGUGAACUGAAUACAUUGCAAUUCAUGAUAUUAAAACAGUCGUAAGUGCAAAGUGUUAAAAGCAUCUUUGGAAUGUACCUACAAUCAAUAAUUGGGUGAUAUCGUAUUGUUCGUCGAUUGUACUUCUGUUGUUGGAUGCGAAACUUCAUUAAAUUUUUGGAGUUAUUGUCGACUGAAUCACGUUUUUCUAUUGUUAAAGAAUAUUUUAUCAAUAUACAAGUGUGAUUGUUCAAGGUGUCAUUGUCAACAUUAUUAACAUUAUGAUUUCUUCUGUCAAUUUUAUGUUAAAGUAUUUCUUAAAACGUUGUUAUAUAUUAUAUUAUUGAAACGAAAGUAGGAUUGAAAUUGAGAUUAGCUGUAGAAAAAAAUUAUGUGCUUUUAUAGUCGAAAUGUGUCUUCAUCUUUAAGAAGUUGAUAAAAUCUUGAUCAUUCAAGUAUUUCUCAUUUCGAUUAAUAUUUAUUUCUUUUGUUCCGAUACUUUCCCAUUUUGAGCAUAUUGAUAUAAUGAUUAAUUUUGAUGAUUUUAAUGAUCUAGUGGUCAUUUUCGAUGAUGAUGAUUUUCUACAAUUAAUAAUUGGUGCAGCUAGAUUUCGAAAUUUUAUUUUCGCUAAGGGACGACUGGUUUUUGAAGUCAAAGUAUCGUUUGAAAUAUCUCUAAUGAUGAUAAUGAUUUUUAUAAAUUUUGUAAGAGUAAAAGAAUAAUUUCAGUAAUUUCUGUGUAAUUUUUAUUAAAGUGAAACACGAAGAAUACGUAAUUUUGAGUAGAGCUCUUCGCUGUCAUUGCAUUCAUCUAGAAGUUUGAAUCAUACAAAACUAAAUUAAAUGAUAAUUUAAUAAUCAAUUACCUUUUUUAUACCUAUUAUUUUACCUAUUUUAUACCUUUUACUUAUUUUAUAUAAAUAUACAAAAAAGAACACACAGAGGUGUCUUAAUUCGAAGUACUUCUGUAAACUGUAGAAGUAAAAGCACAAUUAUUUUCUAAAGCUAAUAGCAUCGUUAUACUUGUUUCUUAUACUUCUGCAACGGUAUGUUUCAUAUAUGUAUCUGGUUCAUCAUAACUUACAUUAAAUGAAAAUUUCCCUGCAGAUACGAUUCAGAGCUAUGACUAAAAAAUAGAAACCAAUUAAUAUAGAUUAAUGCAAAAGUUCAUUUGUUUCUGUAAAUGAAGUUUCAAGUAAGAAAAAAAGUCAUACUUCACUCAUACUUCAAUUUGUCUUAAGAAAUAUACUUUACUUUGCUAUCAUUUUGUCACAUAGAUCAUAUGGCACUGAUAAUUGUUGCUAUCCUUAAUUUUUUAUUAUUUAAAAAAGACAUACUCCUAAUAGUGCGUCUAGAGUCCAGAUCGAUCGAACAGAUGUCCGCCCUUCUCCCACUCUAAUAAAAUUAAGAAAUAAAAGUGGAAACGUGUAUCUGUCCAUGUUUUCUUGACGUACGCGUGCGAACAUUUGUGGAGAUUGCACACAUACAUCAUGAAAACAUGAACAGAUUAUAUAUCUCCACUUUUAUUUCUUUAUUUUUCUAGAGUGGAGAGCGAUCGAGCAUUCGUUCACCUGCUGUAAAUAUACUAUAAUACUUUCCACGCGACUGAAUAAAUGAGCAAACGAACUUUUGCGUUGACUUAAUGUAAUAAGUGAUCGAUCGUACUGCAUUUAAUUAAGAAUUCCUUUGUUAGAAAAGUUAGAGAAAGGACAAUAAUUUAUUAAAACCUAUUAGUGUGAUGUCAAAUUUAAAUUAGUAUUAUACAGUAUUGGAUAGCUUCAUUGAUUCGAAAAUAACACGUCGAAACAUUGAAAGUUGAACAGAAUCGCAUAAGAAUCGAUAAUAGAAAUACUAUUGAUUAAUAUCGUUGAUAUUAACUUAAACUGUUAAUAUCGUGUAAUUGAUAUCGAAAACCUUCAUAAAACUUGGAUUCCUAUAAAUUAUUCUAUUAAUAUAUAAAAUGCUAAUUCGCUGAAAGCAAUAAAUCACAAUGCAAAUAAUCUUUUCGAUAAUUCAAAGUGUAAUAUAAGCACAUACAUAUAUCUUAUGUUUUGUGCUGACUGUAUUGAAGAACAUUUGCUGAAGGAAAGCUCGUAACUAAUAUAUAAAAUAAAGACUAUCAUAAACAUUUGUAUAUGAACAAAUAUUUAAGAGGAGCAAUCUUAAUUCGCAAUAUUCUUAUAUUUACAACUAUUCGCCAUUUAGAAAUAGGCUGUAUAUAUUUAUGCAGAUUCAUAUUUUUUCAAAUACAGAUAAAAUAUCCCAAUUUGGAUAAAAGCAUGUUUUAUUUUCUAUAUGUAUAUACAGUCUAAUUAUCAUCGCGCGUUCAUCAUUUUCCUGUUUUCUCUUAAAUGAAAAACCAUGUAGCACAAGAUUUUUGUUUCCUUUUCUGUUCUUUUUCUAAGAACAAACAUAUUACAGGAAGUUCAUAAUCAUUAUUUGGUCAUUUAAUACAAUUUAUUCCUAAUAUAUUAAUUUAUUCUUUAUAGAAAAAAUAUUAGCAAGAUCCUAAAUGUACGUAGAAGGAGUCUGUAAAUAGCACAUAAUAUUUGUAAUUCAAAUAAAUGCAUUCUGCCUGAAAAAUCGCUUGCUUAUCUAGUCGGAGUAGUUUGUCAUUCAAAAUUCCAAAUGUUCUUCGCAUUUUUUCUUAUUAUUCGUAAUCGUGGAAAUAACGGGCAUAUAGAAAACGUAUUAUAGCCAACCGGCAUAUAACAGGAAUUAAGCUUUAUGAUUUAUCGGAUGAUAAAUAGUAAUAUAUUUAAAGAUGACUAACGCGUAGAUUUACGACAGAGUUGCCUUAAUUAAAUUAUUGUGAGUUAUGUCAAGAUGCUCCGUCGAGCAUUCAUGAAAUGAACAAUGACGUUAGAUUUUAAGCUGAACUUUUGUACUUUGCUCAGAAUAAAAAACAGAAGCAUCCUU